ACGUGGCAGCGGCCCCAGCAGCAGGCUCCGCUCCGAACCCCCUGCACGCCCGGCCCGGCCCAGCCCGGCCCCAUGCGCCGCCUGCUCCUGCUCCUGCUGCUGGCGCCGCUGCGCGCCUACGAGCCGGACUGGGGGAAACUGCAGGGGCUGGCCCGGGGCAAGGUGGAGACCUGCGGAGGAUGAUGGCUCAGCCGCCUGAAGGAGGUGAAGGCCUUUGUCACCGAGGACAUCCCUCUGUACCACAACCUGGUGAUGAAGCAUCUCCCCGGAGCCGACCCUGAGCUUGUGCUGCUCAGCUUCAGAUACGAGGAGCUGGAAAGAAUUCCCCUGAGUGACAUGAGUCGGGAGGAGAUUAACCAGCUGGUGCAGGAGCUGGGAUUCUACCGCAAGGAGGCACCUGAUGCCCCAGUGCCUGAGGAGUUCCAGCUCGCCCCAGCCAGGCCUCUGCCCACCCUGCAAACGAAGGAGCAGGGCCCUGGAACACCCUCCCCACCAGCUCCCGCAGCCAAGAGCAAGCCCCCCAGGAAGCCUGACAACCAGGAACACCCAGAUCUAUAGCCAAAAGUGUGCAUGGGGGUGUGUGCCUGUGGAAUGAGUGUACAUGGGGGGGUGGGUGUGCAUGCUCGGAGUGUAUGGACUGUACACCCACCUCACUGGUAGGUGUGACACAGCUUCUGCCCCCCACAAUAUGUUCUGUACCAGCCCUGGGUCAGCUGCCCAGCCCCAUGGCUGUUAACAGGCAGUCCCGUGGCACCCAGACCAACCUGCUAGUGCUUCUGUGCUGUGCAUCAGUGCCCCCUGCCUGCAGGGACAGAAUGAAGCCCUCAGCUGAAAGCUCUGGGUGCUGAGGGUGGAUGAGCUGAGUCCCAGAGGGCCCGGGGUCGCUGCAUGCUGGGCAGCAUGGGCAGGCUCCCUGCCAUCUGUGCUGUGGUCCAAGGGCUUGUGUCCAGAGCUGGAAUAAAGGCCCCUUCACCCCA